GCUUAAUCCAGGAAGUGGCGUCACCUAACGUAAGGGAGGAGAAUUUUAAGCUCAAUUUGCUAUAGCAAAAGAAGCGAACCUUUCGUCGAUCCUCGCUGAACCGUAACGUGAAACGUUGAUUUCUGAAUGAAACAGAAAUGAUGGAAAGAUAUUCCUGAAUCUGAAUAAAGUUAUCGUAAAGAAGGAUAUUUUAAUGUGAAAAUGGCGUCAGCGUACAUCAAGGAUGAGCAAGGACAUCUUGAUCUAGGAGGAACGUUUAUCCCAGCUAGCCAACGACCCGAUGGGACUUGGCGCAAGCCUCGGAGAGUGAAGGAUGGCUAUGUACCCCAAGAAGAAGUUCCUCUCUAUGAAAGUAAAGGAAAACAGUUCACAAAAAAUCAGCCCAGUUACCCAGUUGGAAUGAGUGCUGAAUACGUAGCUGCUCAUAAAGCUAAGAAAGAGGCUCAGGCAGCAAAGUUAUCACCUGUACCUUUAUUGGUACUUCAAAAUAAUGCGAAUAAGAAAAAAAAGAAAAAGAACAAUAGCAAACCUGUUGAGGCGAUAACUGAGGAAUUGUUAAAGUCUACCAUCUCAGAGAACGGAAAACAGGAUAAAAAUUCUGGUUCUACAGCAAACCAAAGCACAGACCCAGCUAAGAGACUCAAAAAUCUUAGGAAAAAACUUAGGGAGAUCGAAACUCUUGAGCAAAAACUGAAGGGAGGUGAAUUAAAAAACCCGGAGAAAGAAAUCCUAGAUAAAAUAUCGCGGAAGAGUGAAGUUGAAGAAGAAAUUGAAGAGCUUGAGGCGAGACAGUUGUGAGAGACCGCGAUCUAGUAUAUCGGCGCAAAUUAAAUUGUGCCAUUUAGAAUAACUGUGAAUGUUUGUUGUUUUAUUAUUAAUAAUAUUACUAGUAUAAGCAAAAUGGGGGGAAGGGGGGUUGCGGGAGAUACGGUAAAGUAUAAUUCUCGAAAUUAAACUCAUUGUGAACUUCAAUUACGCACGCUUGAACCAUCUCACAGCGUGCCGAAAUUAUCUAUGAUUUUCAUCAUCUAUCACGCCUGAUUACGUUGAGGAUGCUUCAUAGAUACCUAAAGACUCGCAGAAAUAUUUUACCAUUUAUAUAUUGUAUUUACAACUACGAUGUGACGGUCAGUAAAAGAAAUAUCAUCUAGAAUUAUUCUAAUGAAAAACAAAAUACCCCACGAAAAUCGCGCAAGCGAUGGUAACAUUUGAAAGCGAUUAAAUUCGUUUUUUUUAAUCGCCGUCAUUUACUUUGCGAAUGUCGAUGAGAUUUUAUAAAAGCUAUUGAAUCCUG